UAGGAUAUCUUUAUAAAAGGCCUCCACGCCAGCAGAGUCUGACCUCCGGCCCCCGUCCGCUUCUGAGUGCAGUGACGACAAAAUCCAUCAGAUCAGAACCUGCAGGGUCUCUUAUCAGCACAAAAAUGCAGCAGCAAGAAAGUCACCUCAGUAGGUUCGUUCUGUGCAUGGUGCUGCUGGUUUUGACCCAGGAGGUGUGUUCAGGUCCCGUCCAGAGUCCAGAACACACGCCGAAGAGACUAGCCCGCUCGAGCCCGCUGUGGAGGAUCAUGAACAGCAAACCUUUUGGCGCUUACUGCCAGAACAACUACGAGUGUUCCACCGGACUCUGCAGAGCGGGAUACUGCUCCACCAACCAGCGUUCUCCCUCUGAGGUGGUUAACUACUAGUGGGAACAGCAACAUCAUCCAGCACCAGAACCUGACUCAAGAUGUGUGGGACAUUUCUUAUUGUGUUAAGGAGCAGACGUUACAAAAGUAAACAAAAAACUCAUCACAAAUGUCUAUUCAAAGUGGACGCAGCUUGUUAAAUUGAAAACAUCAUUUGUCAUUAAUCAUUCCAAUGCUGCAUAUUUUAUUUAUUCCACCAAACACACGUGUAUUCAUUGCAUCAUUUUAUUGAAGCUACAAUAUACUAUCAUGUUUUUUUUUUGUUAUUAUUAGAAUAAUGAGUGAAAGACUUGGAAUAGAAACCGUGUUGAGACAAUCUGAGGAUUCUGUGCACUUUGAGAUGAAGCACUUUUUAAACAGCCAAAUUAUCUUUGUACUGUGGCUCUAUACUGUAUGUACUGGACAGCUGGAAUAAAUACAUUCAAAAA